AUGUUUCAAACUUCUAGAUACCUAAAGUCUGGAAUGACUCAAAGACUAUCACAAACCAUAAUACGAAGGUCUCCCUAUUCAACAAAUACAAUGGGAGAUUAUGAAAAUAAAAUAUAUAAUAUUUUAGAAAAAGAAUUUGAUCCUACAAAUUUAAAAGUUCAAGAUGUAAGUGGUGGAUGUGGUUCAAUGUUUGCUAUAUUUGUAGAAAGUAAUAAAUUUAAGGGUUUACCUAUGAUAAAACAACAUAGAUUAGUUAAUGAUAUAUUAAAGGAUGAAAUUAAAAAAUGGCAUGGUUUACAAUUAAAAACUAGAUCUAGUUGA